AUCUUAAAUUAAUAUUACAGAUUUUUAGUGCAAGGAAACUCAAAUUAUAAGCCAAGAUGGUGUUAGCCGAUUUAGGACGCAAGAUUACUUCAGCCCUCAAGUCCCUCAAUAAUGCCACAAUCAUUAAUGAGGAUGUGCUCAAUGAUCUGCUGAAGGAGAUCUGUGCUGCACUACUUGAAUCUGAUGUUAAUAUACGCUUAGUGAAGCAGCUCAGAGAAAAUGUGCGCUCAGCCAUUGAUUUUGAUGAGAUGGCUGGCGGCCUCAACAAGCGCCGGAUGAUCCAGACUACUGUCUUCAAGGAGCUUGUUAAGCUUGUGGACCCAGGAGUGAAGCCUCAUGUUCCUAUAAAGGGGCAUCCCAACGUUAUCAUGUUUGUUGGUCUCCAGGGUUCUGGUAAGACAACAACUUGUACAAAACUUGCAUAUUACUAUAUGAAGAAAGGAUGGAAGACCUGCCUUGUUUGUGCCGACACCUUCCGAGCUGGUGCUUUUGAUCAGGUGAAGCAAAACUGUACCAAGGCUCGCAUACCCUUCUAUGGCAGUUACACAGAAGUUGACCCAGUUGUAAUAGCUAUGGAUGGUGUUGAACAGUUCAAGAAAGAGGGCUUUGAAAUCAUCAUCAUCGAUACAUCUGGUCGUCAUAAACAGGAAGAUUCUCUGUUUGAAGAGAUGUUGCAAAUCUCAAAUGUCUGCAAACCUGACAACAUUAUUUUUGUGAUGGAUGCCAGUAUUGGACAGGCUUGUGAGUCUCAAGCACGAGCCUUCAAGGAAAAAGUAGAUGUUGGUUCUGUCAUCAUCACCAAACUAGAUGGACAUGCCAAGGGUGGAGGGGCUUUGUCUGCUGUUGCAGCCACUCAGUCCCCUAUCAUUUUUAUAGGUACUGGUGAACACAUUGACAACUUUGAAGAAUUCAAGACCAAGCCAUUCAUCUCUAAACUUCUGGGCAUGGGAGACAUUGAGGGUCUUAUUGAAAAGGUGAAUGACCUAAAACUAGAAGACAAUGAAGCUCUCAUCAAGAAGCUCCAGCAUGGCCACUUUACCCUCAGAGACAUGUAUGAGCAAUUCCAGAAUGUGAGGAAGAUGGGUCCCAUGUCACAGAUUAUGAAUAUGCUUCCUGGGUUCAGCACAGACUUCCUGACUAAGGGAGGUGAGCAGGAGAGUAUGGCACGGCUGAAGCGGCUCAUGACCAUCAUGGACAGCAUGACAGAUGAAGAGCUGGACAGUCUUGAUGGCAACAAGCUCUUCCAGAAGCAGGGGAGUCGAAUCAGUAGAGUGGCACGAGGAGCUGGAGUGAUGGAGAUUGAGGUGAAGGACCUCCUUAAUCAGUAUGCCAAGUUUGCACAGAUGGUCAAAAAAAUGGGAGGAAUGAAGGGUCUCUUCAAGGCAGGAGGUGACAUGUCCAAAAAUGUGAACCAGAUGCAAAUGAACCAGCUUAAUCAGCAAAUGGCCAAGAUGAUGGAUCCUCGUGUGCUGCAGCAGAUGGGAGGCUUCAAGGGCCUAGAGUCCAUGAUGAAGCAACUUCAGCAAGGGGGUGGGCCCAUGGGCAUGGGCAAAAAUCCUUUUAAGUGAAAACCCACCACUUCCUUUUCCCCAGUUUUGUAUGAUAUUGAUAUUCCAUUUUAACUGCUGAGUCAACAUCACAAUUUAUUUUUUCAUGUGAAAUCUUCCCUUUUACAAAUCUGUAUUAAUCCUUCCAGAAUAUAUUAUUCUAAAAAUAUAGAUGAGAAGUUUUCUCAGAAUGUAAAAUAUGAAGAGAAGGAUCUUUAAUGCCUUUUUUCAGGUUAUUUGAUUCUAGGCAAUACAAAUUUGUUUUUCAUUCUUAUUGUUAUUGGGAGACAGCUCAUUAAAUUAAGUUCCACAGUACAUCAAUCAAUGAUGUUUGUUGCAUCUGCACAUUUAGAUGAAAAAUAUAAAUAAAUAAGAGGGUUGUGUAACUUUCUACUUUCAGCCAUGUAGAACAGUUUCCAGUAAAAGUUGAAAGUAUAACUGGCAACAACAAUAGAACAGAAAUCGACAAUUGCUGUCCUGCAUGUCUCCAACUCAGAUAAUGAAAAGGAAAUAAACAGAGUCAUAUAUAUAUAUAUAUAUAUAUAUAUAUAUAUAUAUAUAUAUAUAUAUAUAUAUAUAUAUAUAUAUAUAUAUAUAUAUAUAUAUAUAUAUAUAUAUAUAUAUAUAUUUGAAUAUUAAUAAUAUAUUUAUAAUGGAGUACAAAGAAUGUUUCACAAGACAUGAAGUAUAUAUUUUUUGUGAUAUGACAACAGUUUUUUUUUUUUUUCUACAUGUACAGGUUUCCCUUGGUUAAAUAUGGUUCGGUUUAUAUUUUUCUCUUACAAUCAUUAUGCUUUAAGUACCUCUGCUCGCUUUACAAUCCAUCUGGCUUGCAUUUUAGUUUUACUUUAUGUUGUUUAAGUAUUUGUUUUGACAAAUAAACAGGUAAUAUGUUCUCAUAUUUGCACUGAUAAUGAUUUAAAUACUGCAGUCCAUAUAACAUCAUUAUACAUGUAUUUUGGGGUCUAGGUCACUUGAUAUACGAGUCCAGGAAUGCAUCCCUACUAAUUCUGUUAAACCUUAAGUUUAUUUUACAAUCACUUUUCCAAGAACAUAACCCAAUCAUAAAGUGAGGGAGACAUGUAAUGUUAAGCCCUGCACAUUCAUUUUCAUUCAAUCAAUCAAUUGAUAAGGGCAUGUGUCUGGGGGGCCAUGCCACCUCACCCAUUGCAUGAUGCAAAACCUGGGCCCAUUCCCAGCCUAAGUACCUCAUGGCAGGAAUCGAUCUACUUGCUCAAGCUACAAACUUUGUGGGCAUUCCCUCGGCCUACUCCACUUGGGACUGCUUCUUACAAAAAACUGGUUAACAAAGUUGACUUCUGAGUAGUGUGCCACAUGCCAGACUUGGCAUGCAUAUGCGUGUGGCUGUGCAGUGGCUGCAUCCUCCUGGGUGUUGAGGUCCAGCGGCUGUGUCUGGCUUGGGGCCUGCUUGAGGGAGUGGGGAAGGGGUAGGUGGGGAAAGGAGGCAGGGGGCAGCCUAGUGGCCACAGGGGGUCUGUGGACUACCACAUGCAUCUGGUGCAACAAUGGGGCCAGCAGCAGGUAAAGCCAUGCACCGUACAGACGCUGGAUAUCAGCAUUAUAAGCACCUUUGUCCAUAUUAGCAAGACUUUUCAGUUCCAUCUUGUUGCCACACCUGCAUUGCGUACGGGGAGCGUCCGGGGAAAAACGAUGUUGCCAUAUCUUCGGUAAAUUUGUAUGAAUCACUGAUUUUUAUGUUAUGAAGUUUUGACAACAUGUACAUUCAUUUUAGACAUUCAGCCUCAUUCUAACCCCCACCCCCUCCGGCCCCCAGCAGCCUCCUCUGAAAUUUACAAGCGCUAUUCUGGCGUUAAUUUUUGUUCCACAACAUUAAUUUUAUUAUGGCUAAGGCACUUCAUAAAAUGCUGUUUCCACAUUGUUAGAUUUUUUAUUUUGGCUUUUGUUUUGUUUUUAUAAUUUUUUUUAGAUUUUUUCCCCACUUUUUUUCACCAAGAAAAUAUUGAUAUAAAAUGACAGGUCACAUAUAAAAAAAGAAAAGAAAAAAAAAAGUGAUGUACAGAGGAAAACUGGCUUCAAAAUAGAUUUUGGAAGGGGAAUAACUUUCAUUUUGAGAUACGGGCCUUUAAAGUUUAUUGAUCAAUCUCGCACUUGUUAUAACACAUUGAUGCCUUCCCGGUUGGUAUUCUUUACUGAAUUGCAGUUUUAUCUUUGGUUUGAAGGACUUCGUUUGUCUGAUGGUGUCCUUUUCUUUGAAAUCGAGCCGAAAUGCGAAAAUUAUCUCAUGUAUAUGUCAGCUCUGCUGCCUCCAAGGCCAUUGCAGAUGCUAGUUUCCCACAAGAUACCAUAUAAAUAUUUUUUAGGCUAUUUUCUAAACUGAAACAUGACAAUGUAUGCACCUGUGUAUGAAUAUAUCUUUUUAUUUAUUCAUCUUUAUUUUUUAUCAUUUUUUCGUCCAGCCUUCAGUGCCGGUAGACUUUCUCGAGGGGCCUGAAUGGUAGUCAUUCCUGGCCUGUCAUGGCGCAGGCAAAUGUUUUAGUGAAAUAAGUGAUGAGCGGAGGAGGGUGGGGGGUGGGAAUUCAGCCAUAACUCUUGUCAGUUUUCCUUAUUUCUUCAUGAUAUUUUGCCACAAGGUAGCCGAGGGGUGUACAAAGACGUGUGAUUUUCUCAAUUUUUCCAAUAUUUUUGAAAUAUUAAUGGCGGACGCUUCCCUUAACCCUGUCAGUGCUAAAUCCUUGCCGUGACACCUGAUUGGUUUUGAAUCUCCCGCUCACAACAUUGUAACUUUAUUCCAAUUGGUCCAUGUCAUAUAGCUGGCUGUCUUCUUCUUAGGGCAGGGAAGAAUAUGAGAUUAUGAUGAAAGACAAAAGUGAGGGUGUGGAGGAACUAAUAAAUGGGAGUGAUAACCUAGCCAUGAUGGGGGACUUCAACGGCAAAGAGGAAUGGACAUCAGAGGGAGGUGAGAGGUCAUGGGGAACUACGUUGUUGAAGAUGGCAAUGGAUAACACUGAUACAAUGGAUCAAGGAAAACACAAAAUUUCGAGGGAGUGACAAACCAUCAAGGUUGGAUCUAACAUUUACAUUCUAGGAAGAAGUGAUCAAGUGGUUAUUGAGUUUACAAUGAAAGAUAGAAGAGAAGCCCACAGAAUUUGGAGAUACAAUAUUAUUAUAGAACGGCAAAUUUUGCGCAAAUGAGAAAGUACUUUGAAGAAGUGGACUGGAGUAAUUUCAACAGAGUGUAAUGGCUUUGUGGUAAAGAAUGGGGGUUAUAACAGGCGUGCUGUAAGAGUGGGAAGAGGAUGGUCAACGAGAAUCAGCUGAGUGAGAAGAAAAUUAAUUUUCAAGUCUGUUAGGUAAGGAAGGAUAUAUAAAAAAAAGUGUCUUUGGUCAAAGCAACUUUUCAGUAAGUGAACAUAAAUAAAAUGGGGUAAAUAUACAAAAAAAUAGUACCUAUUUAUAAACAUAACUUUUGUGUAAGUACGAAUAUAUAAAUACAUAUAAAGAAGUUUUUUCAUGUGUAGGAAGAAUAAACUAUAUAGUAGUCCCUGCAAAAUGUGGAUAGUGUGCAUGUGACUCGUCCAUCAUACACACACACUUGCUUACACUAGCUUUAGCAUCACCAUGUCAUGCAAAAGCCUACUCUGAUUACAGAGGAGGUUGUUACCAUUAUGACUUAGCUGAGUAGAAGAGCUUAGUAGUAACAGUUGUUGUAAUAUGCAAUAUGUGAGUUAUUGAAAAAUACAUUUUUUCAAAGAAUACAGGGGUAAAUGCUUGAAGCAGAUGAUGACUUAGGAGCUAAAUGAAAUACACAUAAGACCAUGGAAUUUUUUGUACACAUUGAAAACAACCAAACAAUAUCAGACAUUAAAAAAAAAGAAGAAAAAAAAA